ACUGGUGUUUAUUUGAUUGUGUUGUUUUCACAAAUUGGCGACGAUUGUGGGACGAUAAUUUGUAGUGAGUGGAAAGGAUUUCUUCUGGAUUAACAAUCAUCAGCUGAAGGUUGGUGGAGAAAGCUCUUGAUUGACGCUACUGACGCGCAUAUGAAAAAGCUCUGCACGGUGAGAGCGAGUGAAACUUUUUCUUGGAAAUGAAAGAGAAAGGCGCAUGUAAGCCUGGAUGAUCUGCGACUUGACAGCAGGGCACGCGACGAGAAAGCGGUAAGAUCUGCGGCUUGACAGCAGGGCUCGCGACGAGAAAGCGGUGAGAUUUGCGACUUGACAGCAACACGGAAUGCUUCGUGACUAGUGAGCGAUGAGCAACAAGAAAGUUUCGGCAACGAGUGAGCGGUCUGUGAACGAUUGAAAAAUAGGUUUGAUUUAACGAGAAGAGGAUGGAUACGCUGAAGGGUUUCUCGACCCUACCAUCAUUCUCGUACGCGGAUGUGCCGCUGGCCAAACGCCGCAGUAAGUGUCAUGUCUGGAAAAGAGGGUUUGAAAUUUGUCUCCAUGCUUCCAAGGUGACGAAUGUCAUUGAAAAGAAAGACCUACUACUUGCUCAAGGUGGGUUCGGACUUCAGGAAAUAUUUUUUAACACUCCUGGAGCGGCCGUAGAAGAAGACAAAAAUAACGGUAUCGAUCCGUAUGAGGUGGCCAUCCCAAAGCUGGAUUGUUAUUUUGCACCCCAACGCCAUGAAGCAUACGAGCGGUAUAUCUUCUGGGCCACGCAGCCUGAGACCGACGAGGGUUUGGAGAAGUUUUUAAUGAGAGUUCAGGUUCAUGCCAGUAAAUGCAAUUUCGGGAUGUCAGCAACCGCAAGCAGUGGCAUUGCGGUGAUCGAUAAGAUGCUGCAAUUCGUACCUCCGCCGCUGCGGGAAAAACUUCUCCAAGAUUCCAACUUGACUAUCGAAGAAAUGAUCAAAAUACACCCAAAUCAACGGAAACAAUGUAAAGCAUUCGGGGAUCCUGCAUGUAUUGUGGGCGUUCUCAUGGGCCAGACCAGUGCCCGACAUGGAAUAAAACCUGCGGGAACUGCCACAAAAGAGGACAUUUUCGAGUCGUUUGUCUUAAUCGUCCUGCCAGGGGACCGGGAAAUUUCGUACCAUCAUCUUAUCCGGCAUUGUCAUCGACCUACGCGUCGACAACAGGAGAAAAAAAACGCUGAAGAGGACCCACGUACAAGCUUCUCCACGGCCACUGGGUAUUCGAGCGGCAGACCAGCACAAAAUAAGAUCACGAGGUAUGCGCGGAAGGUACAUGCUAUUGACGAUGUGGAAGUUAAUAACGAAGAGGUCGAACUUGUCGAAAUGGUUCAUGAUUCGGAGGAAUUGGUUUGGGCCAAUGUUGGCGGUGUACUAAUUGAAAUGCAGAUCGAUUCAGGUGUACAGUCAAACAUAAUUGACGAUCAAACUUGGGAUGUGAUGAUUCGUAAGGGAGUACAUACAAUCGGGGUAAAACAGUAACCAGAUCGGAGAUUCAGAGCGUAUGCACAGAAGGAUUGCCUAGUUGUAACCAACAUGUUUGACACAGAAAUCUCCAUCCGCGAUGGGUCAAAGCAACUGAAAACGGUAGCACGUUUCUACGUUGUUAAGGAUGGUCCUCAGCCUCUAAUGGGGAAGAACACCGCAAAGCAGCUGGGUGUUUUGAUGGUUGGACUUGCAAGUAAACAAGAAACAGUUCAACAUGUAGACAUUUUGCGACCAUUUCCAAGCAUCCGUGGUGUGAAAAUACAUAUCCCGGUUUACAUGUCAGUAGAGCCUGUCCCCCAAUGA